CUCCGUGGCAGUCCAUCCCCGCACGACCAAGCAUUGCGCCAGCGCCCACUCGGGGAACCAAAGAGAGUUCAGAGGGGGUGCAAUCAUCCGCAGCCAUUUGGGGUCAAGCAGUUUUACCGGUUCUGGGGCACUCGAGAGGCGGGGCGCAGCGACCUCACCCUCACGAUCUUUUUGCAAUGCCGCGCCGGGCCAUGCACUGCGUCCGCGCUCUUUUCGGGCGCUCCCGCCGCAGGGAGCCGCUUCAGGACAUCACGGAACCGUUGACGAACGGAGUGCCGGAGCGUACCCCGGAGGACCUCGAGACCGCGAAGACAGCUGUCGUUGCCGAGGCGAACGCCGCCAAGGAUGCAGCGGGAGCCACGGCGCCUUCGCCCGAGCAGUCGACGGCGGUGGCGGACGCCGCAGUGUCCGAGGCGGAGGAGUCGCCCGCGGCAGUGGAUAUCUCGGCGCCUGCGCCUGAGCAGGCGCCGGCACCCGCGCUCGAGGAGGCCCCGACGGCGACCGACGAGGCGGCGGCGGCUCCCGCUCCUUCCGCGGAACCGCGGCAGGAAGAGCCCGCGGCGACGGCCGCGGCAGCGCCCACGGCGGCGCAGUCGCCGGCGGCCGCGCUCGAGGAGGCCUCGACGGCGGCCGACGAGGCGGCGGCGGCCCCCGUGCCCUCCGCGGAGACGCGGCAGCAGGGGCCCGCGCCGGCGGCCGCUGCAGCUCCCGCGGCGGAGCAGGCGCCGGCGGCGGCGGUGGACGGCGCGGUGCCCUCGCCCGAGGAGCGGCCAACGAGACGCCGUCAGCUGCCGCGGCCCCUGCGGAGAGGCGGCGGCGGUGCCAGCGACCGCCGGCGAGGCCGAGGAGCCGAGGGGGGACAGGCGGGAGGCGGCGGAGCCGACGCUCCGGGAGGAGAAGCGGAAGGACGCGGCCACGGGCAAGGGCACGGGCAAGGGCAGCGGCGCCCAGAAGAGGGGGAAGCCCAAGCGUAAGGCUUGAGCGCACGCGGGGGGGCCGCCUUCGGGCGUCGGCCGUGGGCACAGGCGGAGGGUCCAGAGUCGGCCCUCUGAGGCCUGCUCUCCACUUGCUCUUCCCACCGCCCUUCCAGUCUCCGGCCUCCACUUGCUCUUUCCACCGCCCUCCACUUGCUCUUCCCUCCACUGUGCUCGUCCCACCGCCCUUCCAUACUCGUCUCUUCGCGCGAGCGCUUAGGGCAAGGUCUGCUGCGAGGGCAUCAGAUUUUGAAAUUCUGCAUCGGCUUUAAUUUAGGAGCCUUGCGCCGAAAUAGCGCAGUUUUAGGAUCUCCGGCGACCCCUCCUGGAGGCGGUCUUUGCAGCGUGUUUCGAAGGAGACGCGGCCUAUGCAAGAUACAUCCGGG